UCAGUUUUGAUUCAGGAGCCGUGUAUAAGACCCCUGCAAGGCGGCAUAUCCUGAGCCGUCACUCUAACUCUCAUAGACAGGAGGCGGACUCUGACCCAACCGAGUCGCGAUGGUGGUCUCGCGGAAGGCGCGGCCGUCGCUCGCACAGUCCAACGUGGCAACGUUCCUGCUGCUUUGCCUGUCUUUCCUCGCUUCCUCGCUUACGUUCAUAGUUGUUUUGGUGUUCUAUAUCUCCACCGCGGUGACGGGCACCUCUCUGGGAUAUUCUUCUCGUCAUAGCUCAAGCCAACCAGCCAAGACAGUCUUAAUCACGGGAGCGCGAGCCAACAAGGCGUUGACGCUCUGCCGUGCGUUCAAGAAGGCGGGGUGUAGAGUCAUCCUCGCAGAAGAAGCAAACUGGGGCAGGCUCACUUGUGCACGGUUUUCGCGCGCAGUCGACCACUUUCGUCUCCUCCCAGACCCCAGGCUCACCCCUCGCGCGUACGCCGUCGUGAUCCAAAGUAUCAUCACGCUCUGGCACGUCGACGCAUGGGUGCCGUGCUCCAGCGUGCACGCAACGAUGAUCGACUCCGAUGCGGCGGCAGAGAUCAUCGCUCAACCGCAGGACAAGAGGGAUACCCGCUUCUGCGAGCCGUUCAUUCCCCUUCCAGAGGUCUGCGAGACACUUCACUGGAAGGACCAGUUCGAGGAGCUGUGUAUCGAACUCGGCUAUCCGGUCCCCGAGAGCAAGAAGGUCACGUCCGUGCAAGACGCCGUCAACUUCCUGCACUCGCCUGAGACCCUUGCCAAGGGGUACAAGUACCUCCUGAAGUCGCUUUCCUUAGACGAUCUUGGACGCGACGACUUCACACUGUUCCCGCUCGCCACACGCGAAGAGACGGAGAGACAUCUGUCGAGCGUGCCCACCCCUCUCAGCGAAAACUACCCAUUCCUGCUCCAGAAGUUCCUCUUCGGACACGAGUACUGCACGCAUGUCGCUGCUCGCGACGGAAAACUCGUCGCGUUCGUAGCAUGUCGCAGCAACCAGCUUCUUAUGCGUUACGGAGACGUGCGCAACCUCUCGGUGCAAGAAAAAAAGGUGGGCGAGCGUCUCGAGGAAUGGACGCAGCAAUUCUUGGACCGCUAUAAGGCGAAGCUCGCAAGCCAGGGAAAGACGGACCAGCAGUAUGCCCUUACGGGACACUUCAGCUUCGACUUCAUCAUCGAGAGUGACGUGAUAUAUGUCCUGGAGUGUAACGUGGUAAGUCAUCAUCCGUAUCACCAU